AUUUGAAAAUCUCAUCUACACUUACCGUAUCUUCAGGGAACACCAAGGCUAUUUUAGAAUACAGACUUCUAAAGAUGUUCCAGAGAUGAUCUUCCGAACAUUAAAGGACCUAAUAUACACUUAUGAAAAGCCAAAUCAAGGACUAAUAACAAACCUCCGCUACCCAGUAGAGAAACAAAAGGCCUUGCAAAGAAGCCAGAGGUUCAAGUCAGGAAAAGACAACAUUUAUGAUGAAAUUGAUGACAGUGAGUACAUCACUGUCUUACCCUGA